CCCUCCUCCUCCUCUUCCCGCCGAGCCCCGAUGAUUUCAGGUUGCUUGGCAUCAUCUCCCGCGGGCAGCUGGCGUCCGCAGCGUGUGUCAGAGCAGCCUGGCGCACGGUCGGUUUCUCAACGCGCUGCCUGCACAACGCGCUGGCUCCCCGAAGGGAUCGGCUGUGGUUUCGUAUUUCAUUUCCCUCGCACGCUACACCCGAAUUCCAGACGCUUUCUGGCUUCGCUGCUGCAUGGACUCUGAGCGCAGGUCCUUUGCCGUACCCAGCGGAGGCAGACGGGGCUUCCCUCAGCUCCAGGGAGUGGACCAUGAAGACGUCAAUUGUAUUUUUGCUUUGCAUCUCAGUUUUCCCAGGCUUUUCCCAGGGCAGAGUCGUUAGAGAGGAUGAAACUGGUUUUGCCGAGUGUAACGUGUUCUUCCCUGGACAAGUCCCACCCGAAGGAUUUACGGAGCCGUUCCAUGUGAAAAUCUGUCAGCAGUACAACAAAGAGCCACGCUUCGCAACSCUUUACAGUACUAAGGACAAAAUCCCUCUUUAUUCAGCUUUUAAGUUUACAAAGCCAGCUCAAAGUGAGGAGGAGAACUGGCUGGUUGAACCUCAGAUAGAUGAUCCAGAAAAUGACUUGCAUGAAAUGGUGCAUGAAGCUGAUAUUGGUGGCACUGUGGCCAACCUUGGUGCAAAUCAAGCCCUGACCUCAGACUACGUGGGCUCYGGCUAUGAGAGAGGCUUACUCAAUCCCAGCUUCCUUAAUGAGGAGGAUUUCCAGGUGGCCACUUACACGCUCACAAACGCCGUCCCUCUGAGCGCAGCUCUGAGCAAAAGCUGGCACAGAGACAUUGGGAAGGUAGUGGAGCAAGCUCUGAUCCCUCACUGCUCCAAGAUGGAUCAUCUGUAUCUCCUUGCAGGUGCAAUUCCUUCCRGUGUCCAAGUUAAAGGCAAGGUGUCAGUGCCAGAGAGCCUCUGGUUGGCAGCCUGCUGUGAUGCUCCAGAGGGAUGGUCCCUGGGACUGGUGAAAAAAAUUAAYGAUGAAAACAGCUUGGCAGACCUCACGGUGAGGGAGCUGGAGAAGCAGCUUCUACCAGGAGUUCACUUGUUCACAGGCAGCUGUGGGGGAGACAAACAAAGCCAGGAGAAAAGAGAAGCAGUACUGCAAGCUGUCAGUCAGAUCCGCUCUGGAGAGCAAGUAGGAACAAGUGACAACCAGGAGACCAAAGAGAGUGGCUGGGUGAGAAGAGUGGCUGGCAUCAUUGCUACCCCUUUCAUCAAACUUCUGGAGCUCCUCAUCUACAUCUUUGUGGAGCUGGUGAAAUUUGUGUUUUAUUUUCUGUGGCUUAUUGUAAAAAGAGUUGUUGGUACAGUUCUGGAUGGGGUCUACAGCCUGUGGAAUGGGAUAGUGUCCUACCUUAAAGCCAUCAGCAUGGUGCUCAUCAGCAUCCCCUAUGAUGUUGGAAGGGUCAUCAUCAACAUUUUCCUGGGCUUCCUGCAAAUUGUUCAAGAUGUGUUGUCCCUCACUUAUAGGAUCCUGAGCAUCCCAGUGGGAUUUGUUCUUCACCUUGCUGCUUUCCCGUACCACUCCAUCUGUGCCAUUCCCUCUGUCCUUAAAGACAUGGCCACCGGGAUCGGGGGCACCUUCUCGCUGGUCAUUGAUGCCACAGCCGCGGUUCUGCAUGGCUUUUAUUACCUGGCUGGCCACAUUGUCAAGCGGUUURUCCCUAAAGGCUCCUCUGAUGACUGAUAAGGACAGAAAUCAAGGCUGCAAUACACGGAGUGGGGCAAUGCUUUAAGAUAUGUGGCCAAAUGCUGUCAAUUUCAUUCUGGUAUUUAUUGYAGUGACAUUAAUAAUAAUGAACUGACUGGGGAAUAACAAGGAGGGACAAGGCAAUAUCGCUCGGGGCUGCCACCAGUGUAACUCAAGUUCUGUCUGUUGUGAAAUGUUUGGGUUUCAUCUGUGCAGGCCACAAAGUUUCUGUGAUUUGCAGGUGUCAAGAUGCUUCCUCUKGGAAAUGCACACUGAAUGUGGUAUGAGGUAAUUUCUUUCUGGCUAUGAUGACRCUGAGACUUAUGCAGUGGCAGUGAGCUCUGCAGAAGCCCAACCCUUCCAAGAAGCAGGCGGUGGUGGUCAGGGGAGGACUUUAAUUACAGAGUGUUACUGGGACUUGAUGAAAGAAGGAGAUACAAGUGCAAGGAUUUGGGGUUGUGAAACAGCAGGGAGCAGGGUGGAAUAGGKGCAAGGUCCUGCUGUUGGCUGCAUUGCUCAUUGCUCUGGUGUCCCACUGGUGGAGGGGAUGCAACUGGGUACAUCUCACAGUCCUCAGGUCARUCUCUCUGAUAUUGCAUGGAUGUUGCUGCAAGGAAAGACCCACUGCCCAUUUUUUUGCAUGAUGGGAAAACAUUUCUCCUUAGCCAUACCAAGGUCGCCUUCCCCCAACCCUUCCUUGCUAUCUGGUGACUACUGAAAGUCUARGUCCUGAAUCUUCAAAAUGUGGUGUUCUCUGAAGGUCUAAGCCCAUGGAUGUCUUAGUCCUGCAGCCUUUGUUCUGCUCCAAUGCCCAGCAGCAUCUGGGAGUUGCACUUUUGGCUUCCAAUCUACUGCUACCUGCCUUGCCUCCCUUGAGAGCUGACUGCUCCUGAAGCACGUGGGGACUGUGGACUGUCAGGUGGGAGGGGAGGCAAGAGGGAUCCCAGGCUGCAGYGCUUGCUUUGCUGUGAAGACCCACCUGGUGAGCCCAUGCACAGACAGACCACUUAAUGUCAGAGGCAGAGCCAACCCCUCCUCUGCACUGCUCGUCCUCUCCGCUCACUCUCCACCCCUUCUUCCCUGUGCCAGCAUGAGCCAUGACCCUGACAUCUGGGACACUGAAGCUGGGGCACACCUCAGAGCUUUGCAGGGGUUUGCAGCCAGAUGAGGGGCACAGAGACAUGUGUCACUGUUGGAGAAAGGCACAGGGGUGCUGCCCUUCCCUGGGGCUUGGCUCAGCGAGGGCCUUUGGAUCUCUUGGUGCAAUUGCCUGCAGGAGGGAGGCUUUCUGUCACAGCAGCAUUUACUUUGCUGGACCCCAAGAGGUAUUUGGGAGUCCUACACAYGUGGCUCCUUCCCUUCACACCCAUCUGUGUCUCUCCUUCGAGCACCCUGAUCUGCUAUAGCAUCCCAUAAUGAGUCCCAGGAGUGAGCRAGCUGGUGCUGCCAUCUCAGUGGUGCUGUGUUGGUGGAGGCYUGUCCUGGAUUGAAGAAAGCUCAGUUACUAACGUGGCAGCUUUGCCUCUCUGCAUCACAUUGCCUGCAGCAAGACUGAGCUGGGAUGGAGUGAUUCAGAGGGAAAAUGAGAUUUAGCUGGUUCAGGAUGAGAGUUGUUUCUGUGGCUCACAGGCUGUGUUCAGUGCAGUCAGACAUGUGUGCACAUCCCAGCCCAGCACAGCCUGGCCAGGUGACACYCCGUUCAGCAGUGAUGCAGAUGGCAAAGUUGGGGAUGCUGGCAGUGGGGAUGAAGUGGGGAAGCAGUGGCAUGAGUGGGAAGAGAGGAUGACUCCUUGUCUUGUCCUUUGUGAGCCACUGCUGGUUUAUGGAGAAAGAGAGGCUGUCUGCCAGCAGCUCUGGCUCUGUGCAAAAGGAAAGGCAGCUUUUGUGUGCCUGUGUGGGUAUAACUGGGCAAAGUCAGGGUGUUUUUCUAUAGGAAUGYUGGGUGCAAGGGGCACAGUCACAGGCAGAGAGCAGCCAGCAGAUGCUCUCCAGACUGAUCUUUGCAUGUCUGCCCACUGUGUCUGAACACUCCCAGUUUGCUGUUGAGACAGAUGUGGAGCUGCUUUCCCACUCCUUGACGAGACCCUGUCUCAAUCCCAGCACUCCUUUUGGGCUGCAUGGCAGCUGUCAAGGCAGGARAGCAGCCCCCUCAAGUCCCAGGAGAUGCUGGUGUGGGGUGACAGGGCCCCAGUCUCAGGCCCCUCUGAAGGCUGUGUGGUGGCAGCAGCUCUCAAGUGCAGCCCAAGCGCUGGGGAGGAGGGGGAGCUGUCCCCCACAGUUGUUUUGCACCAUCUGUGUGGCCUUAUCUGUGAUCCCUCUUAGCUGUGUGACACUGCACAGCAGCCAGCAAUGCACUUCUUGGGGGCUUUGUGGGAAUCCAGAGCAGCUUCCCUGCACCCAAACUAAGCAGCUCCUGCAUCCCAGGUCCACCAGCAUCUCCAGUGCAGCUCUGCAGUCACAGUGACAUGGGAGCUCAUGUGCUGGGAAGCAGCAAAGCAGAGGCACCUCAGGAGCUGUGCACUGCCACUUUGCCACCACUGUCACUACCCCACCUAGCUCAGGUUAGGCUAGCAGGUCUCUGCUGCAGCCACCACUGCAAGUGGACAGUCCUUGAAAUCCGAGGUGCUGCAGCUCUAUAGCACGUGGGCAGAUGUGCAACAGUAUUUCAAAAUUGUCUUAACACRCUCAGAUUUCAAACACUAAGAGCAGUAACUGGCACGGGGCAUUUUCCUUCUGYGCUGCGUGUCUGAGCAGGCAGUGGGAAAUCUGCCUUGAACAUCGAGCAAUUAUCACAGAACAAGCAACAUCCUGCUACAAACYAUUGUCUGAGAUUCUUCUUAUCUAGGCAUGAUUUAUGGCUCCUGAGCUUUACUCUAUCCUUGGAAACAUAUGGCUUCAACAAAAUAAAACAAUUUUUCCAAAGAGAGGCUGGUAUCACUUUCUGUCGCAUUUGCAAAUGAGAUAAUAUGACCUAGGCUGCCCUGACUAAUCAAGAAAAUGCCAGCAGCAYGGUUGUUCUUUCUAACAGCUUGGUAUCUGAUAUUAAUGACCCUUUUGUGCUUUUUAAACACCUUUAAACACCUCUCUCAAAGCACUCUAAGACUCAAAUAAUUAAGCUGCAAAAGAAGUAGGUAAAAGCUGGGGGGUUGCAGGAAGCAAAUUUGGUUCUGUGUGUGUCAGGAGAGGGGAYUGUUUUAUUCCAGGGAGAUGCAGUGAGAUGCACUCGGGGUACAGCAUGAUGGCCAGUUUUUAUACAGAAAUCACAGCACAGCAGCACAGCUCUUUGCAGCUGACUCCC